UCCCCAUCCGCAAUUGCCAUCGUUCAUAUCCGGGGUCCGCUCAUCAUGUUGCGCGCCUCUAUUUUGAGGGCCCGGCCAGCGCUGCGGUCAAUUGCGCCUGCCGCUCGUCCGCAAUGGCGCGUUGCUCAACGCUUCUACGCCGAUGAGAAAAAACCUGGCGAGACCGCCAUCCCUAACCCUGCGCCAACAGUCCCUCCAUCAAACCCAACUGUAUCUGAUGGCAUCUCCAAGUCGUCUACUGUCCAGACAACCUCUUCCUCCCGUACCGCUCCGGUCGAGCAACCCGCGACUACUCCCCCGACUGGUCCUGGAUCUGCCAGCGUAGCCCCCGACCCAGUUCAGGCCCCGAAGCCGAAGAAGAAGCGACGUAUCCGCCGAUUCUUAUUCCAAUUGAUUCUUCUGUCGACCCUUGGUUAUGCCGGAGGAGUCUACUAUUCACUGGUGUCUGAUAACUUCCACGACUUCUUCACCGAAUUUGUUCCUUUUGGCGAGGAUGCGGUUGGCUAUUUCGAGGAGCGUGAAUUUAGGAAACGCUUCCCUGGGCGGGCUGGACAGCCUCGACUACAUCCCCAGGUGUCAGGCGAAAACAAAGUUACAAUUCCUGGCAAGUCCGGACUCUCGUCGAGACCAGCGGAGGCAAGCGGUAGCGAUCUCGCUGGUAAGGGUCCCCACGUUAGCGCAGUCAAGGAAAGCAAACCAGUAGACCCACAAACGAGCGCUGCUGGUUCUGCUUCUAAGGGUGCUCAAGAGAGCAAGAAGGAGGCGGGACAUAAGGAGAAACCUACCGAAUCAUCCUCGCAUGAUUUGCUCCCCAAGGGUUCCUCAAAGGCAAAGGCCGAGUCUAAGGCUGCGACUACCCCUACCGCUACGGCUUCGACCCCUAUCACCCAGCUUGAUCAUCUUAGCGUUCCCUCUGCCAGCGAGCCCGUUGUUCAAGACGUCGUUAAGAUUGUAAACGACAUCAUUACCGCCAUCAAUGCUGACGAAUCCCACGGAAACAAGUACGAUUCCGCUCUAAACAAGGCCAAGUCUGAGCUGUCCAAGGUGGUCGCAGACAUCAAUUUGCUCAAGGAAAGUACUCAAAAGUCAGCGGAGGAACAGAUCAAGGCUGCGCAUAGCGAAUUCGACUCAGCGGCGAAGGAACUCGUGCGCCGUUUGGAUGUGCAAAUGCACGACCAGGAGACCCAUUGGAAGGAGGAGUACGAGAACGAACGUGAGCGCCUAUCAGCAACUUACAAGGAGAAGCUUCAAUCCGAGCUCGACGCUGCCCAUAAUGUUUACGAGCAACGCUUGAAGAAUGAACUUAUUGAGCAGAGCAUCGCCCUCCAGAAGGCCUUCUCCGCCUCUGUUCGAAAACAAGUCGAGCAAGAGCGUGAAGGCCGUCUCGGCAGGUUAAACGAGCUUUCCUCUUCCGUUGCUGAGCUGGAGAAGCUCACUGCUGAGUGGAAUUCGGUCAUUGAGGCUAACCUCAAGACGCAACACAUGGUCGUUGCGGUUGAGUCAGUCAAGGCCGCUCUCGAGAAUCAAGUUGUCCCUAAGCCUUUCACUGGUGAGCUUGCUGCCUUGAAGGAGAUUGCUGCCGACGAUCCGGUUGUGAGCGCUGCUAUCGCCAGCAUCAACCCCGCCGCAUACCAGCGUGGUAUUCCCAAUUCUGCACAGCUCAUCGACCGUUUCCGACGUGUCGCUCACGAGGUUCGCAAGGCCGCUCUUCUACCGGAAGAUGCAGGCGUCGCAUCCCACAUUGCUUCCCUCGCCAUGUCCAAGGUUCUCUUCAAGAAGUCAGGCCUUGCCGUGGGCCAAGACGUUGAAGCCAUCCUUGCCCGAACUGAAGUUUUGCUCGAGGAGGGCGACCUGGAUGCCGCUGCCCGAGAGAUCAAUGGUCUCCAGGGUUGGGCUAAGGUUCUAAGUAAAGACUGGUUAAGUGAUGCAAGGAGAGUGCUCGAGGUCCGACAAGCUUUGGACGUCAUUGGCACAGAGGCUCGGUUACAGAGUUUAUUGGUUGAUUAGAUUCUAGGACUAGACUCGGUGCAUUCUCACAAGACUUUCGAACAGGCUUUUCUUUUGUGCCAUAUGUAGCUGUACGUGUAGCUUAUAAAAUGAGUUUUCUUUUCAACAGUCA